AUGAAGAUGGGGGAGGACGUCAGAGGAGCGCACAGCGAAGGGCCACAAAAGCUAGUCCUCUGUAUUCUCUGCGGCCUGCCCGCUGCAGGAAAGUCAACUUUCGCGCGCGCUCUCAGACACCAGCUACAGCAAGAACUAGGCUGGGCGGUGGGCGUCGUCGCCUAUGAUGACGUCAUGCCGGAAGCGGUCCUUGAGAAGGCAAGCGCACGCCCAUUGCCAUCCCAAUGGAAAUUGCUUCGCCAGGAACUGCUGAAGUACCUUGAACACUUCUUGCUGGCUGUCAUUAACGGGUGUCAGAUGUCUGCCCCAGCCAGCAGGACUGAAGCCAUGUGGAAGGAUUUUAUAACCUGCUUGAAGGAUCAAGAUCUGAUAUCUUCUGCAGCUGUUGAGGCCCAGUCUCUCUACCCCUUAACGAAGACUGCUGUGUCUAGACCUCUGCUUUUGAUUUUAGAUGACAACUUUUACUAUCAAAGUAUGAGAUAUGAAGUCUAUCAGCUGGCUCGGAAAUAUUCAUUAGGCUUUUGCCAGCUCUUUUUAGAUUGUGCUCUCGAGACCUGUCUACAGAGGAAUGCCCAGAGACCACGACCACUGCCUGCCGAGACCAUCCACCAGAUGGGAAACAAAAUAGAAAAGCCCAACCCCGAGAAAAAUGCUUGGGAACACCACAGCCUCGCAAUUCAGAGUCCAGCAUGUGCUUCAGAGGCCAGGCUGAAGCUGACUGAUUUAUUGAUUACUGCUUUGGAAAAUCCAAUAAAAUACGUGGAGGAGAAUUUGGAACAAAAAGAAACAGACAGACUUAUCUGUUCAACUAACAUUCUUCAUCAAGCUGAUCAGACCCUCCGAAGAAUUGUCUCUCAGACAAUGAAGGAAGCCAAAGAUGAACAGAUGCUUCCGUACAACUUGAAGCUUUUGGCAGAAGAACUUAACAAACUCAAAGCAGAGUUUUUGGAAGACCUAAGACAAGGAAACAGAAAAUACCUGUGCUUUCAACAAACCAUUGACUUAUCAGAUGUUAUUUCUUUUUUCCAUUAUGAGAAAGAUAACAUUGUAAGGAAGUAUUUUUCAAAGCAGCAUUAA